ACAUUCAGACACAAACACACACCGAGUGAUACACACUAAACACACUCUUACACACUUACACACACACAGGCGGUGCGGAGUGAAGUUUCACCGCUGUGAGGGAGUGAAGGGACGGAGGAGCCCCGAGUUCAGCCUCAUUCAGCCGCUACGAGCCGAGCAGCGGACAUGAGAGGGUGAGAUGGAUAACGGUCGUAACCGUCCACCUCUCCGCCCGAUGGAGCCUCAGCCGGGCUCGCUUCUCCUCGGUCUUCUCCUCUCGGCUCUGGCCUUCGGGAGCGGGGCUGCGCAGGCAGUCUGUCCUGGCACUGAUAACAAGCUCAGCACCCUGUCGGACCUGGACCAGCAGUACCACACUCUGCGCAAGUUCUACGAGAACUGUGAGGUGGUGAUGGGCAAUUUGGAGAUCACCAGCAUUGAGCGCAACCGCAAUCUCAACUUCCUCAAGUCGAUCCGGGAGGUGACGGGUUAUGUUCUGGUGGCUCUGAACCAGUUUGACUAUCUGCCUCUGGAGAACCUGCGGAUCAUUCGUGGCACCAAACUAUACGAAGGCCGCUAUGCUCUGGCCAUCUUCCUCAACUACAGGCGAGACGGCUACUUCGGCCUCCGGCAGCUCGGCCUCAAAAACCUUACUGAAAUCCUGAAUGGUGGGGUGUACGUGGAUCAGAAUAAGUUCCUGUGCCAUGCAGACACCAUCCACUGGCAGGACAUCGUGAAGAACCCUCGAGCUGAGCUUCUGGUGGUGCCGUCCAACAACAGCAGCAGUUCAUGCAGACGAUGUCAUCGUUCCUGUAACGGACGCUGCUGGGGUCAUCAAGAGGACCAGUGCCAAAGCUUAACGAAAACAGUGUGUGCUGAGCAGUGUGACGGCCGAUGUUUUGGUCCCUACGUCAGUGACUGCUGCCACCGAGAGUGCGCUGGAGGCUGUUCCGGACCCAAAGACACGGACUGCUUUGCUUGCACCAACUUCAACGACAGCGGGGCUUGUGUGACACAGUGUUCUCAACCUUUCGUCUACAACCCAACAACCUUCCAGCUCGAACACAAUCCCAAAGCCAAAUACACCUAUGGAGCAUUCUGCGUCAAGAAAUGCCCAUAUAACUUUGUGGUGGAUCACAGCUCCUGUGUACGAGCCUGCCCAAGCAACAAGAUGGAGGUGGAGGAGAACCGCAUCAAAUUGUGCAUCCCAUGCACUGAUAUCUGCCCUAAAGUGUGCGAUGGCAUCGGGACAGGCAGUUUACAGAUGAACCAGACGGUGGACUCCAGCAACAUUGACAAGUUUGUCAACUGCACCAAGAUCAAUGGCAACCUGAUCUUUCUCGUCACUGGGAUUAAAGGAGAUAUGUACCAUAGAAUCGCAGCCUUGGACCCUGAGCGCCUGAAUGUCUUCCGCACUGUCAAAGAAAUCACAGGCUUUUUGAACAUCCAGUCAUGGCCGGAGAACAUGACGAACUUUGGGGUCUUUUCCAGCCUUGCUACGAUCGGGGGGAGAUCGCUGUACAGUGGGAUCUCUCUGCUGAUCCUGAAGCAGCGCUGGAUCAGCUCCCUCCAGUUCCAGUCCCUGCGGGAGAUCAGCGCCGGAAAUGUCUACAUCACCAACAACAGCCAGCUGUGCUACUACAACACUGUCAACUGGACCAGCCUGUUUCGCACCAGUGGUCAGAGAGCCCUCAUCAAGAGCAACAAGGACCCACGAGAAUGCACCCAUGAGCGGAUGGUGUGUGAUAAGCUGUGUUCAGAAGCUGGAUGUUGGGGUCCUGGUCCAGAUCAGUGUCUGUCCUGCAGGUUCUACAGUCGAGGCAGAACCUGUGUGAAGUCCUGCAAUCUCUACAGUGGAGAUGUUCGGGAGUUUGCCAAUGGUUCGGUGUGUGUGGAGUGUGACAGCCAGUGCGAUAAAGCUGGAGAUAAAACCCUGACCUGCCACGGCCCAGGUCCAGAUCAGUGUACGAAGUGUCUUCAUCUGAAAGACGGUCCUAACUGUGUGGAGAAAUGUCCUGAUGGGCUGCAGGGAGCCAACAGCUUCAUCUUCAAAUACGCUGAAAGCAACAACGAGUGCCAUCCCUGCCACCCCAACUGCACCCAGGGGUGCACUGGACCCCGCAUCCAAGACUGCGUUGGACUACUGGACAGGACGCCCCUGAUUGUAGCCGGAACGAUUGGUGGGCUGUUUGUGGUGGUCAUCAUAGUGUUGGGCUUUACCAUUUUUGCCAGACGUAAAAGCAUCAAGAAGAAAAGAGCUCUGCGCCGCUUCCUGGAGACAGAGUUGGUGGAGCCACUAACACCCAGUGGAACAGCACCCAAUCAGGCUCAGUUACGAAUACUGAAGGAGACUGAGCUCAAGAGGGUGAAGAUCCUGGGCACUGGAGCCUUUGGAACUGUCUACAAGGGUGUCUGGGUUCCAGAGGGAGAGAGUGUCAAGAUUCCUGUGGCCAUAAAGAUCCUCAGUGAAGCUACAGGACCAAAAGCCAAUGUGGAGUUUAUGGACGAAGCUCUGAUCAUGGCUAGCAUUGAACACCCCCACCUGGUGCGUCUGCUGGGAGUGUGCCUGAGCCCUACUAUCCAGCUGGUGACCCAGCUCAUGCCCCAUGGCUGCCUGCUAGACUACGUUCACGAACACAAGGACAACAUCGGCUCCCAGCUGCUCCUCAAUUGGUGUGUGCAGAUUGCAAAGGGGAUGAUGUACUUGGAGGAGAAGAGACUGGUCCAUCGGGACUUGGCUGCCCGCAAUGUUCUAGUGAAAUCUCCCAACCACAUCAAGAUCACUGACUUUGGCCUGGCACGCCUGCUGGACACAAAUGAAAAGGAAUACAAUGCAGAUGGAGGCAAGAUGCCCAUCAAAUGGAUGGCAUUGGAGUGCAUUCACUACAGAAAGUUUACACACCAGAGUGAUGUCUGGAGUUAUGGAGUUACCAUCUGGGAGUUGAUGACAUUUGGAGGAAAGCCAUAUGAAGGAAUUCUCACCUGUGAGAUUCCAGACAUGCUGGAGAAAGGAGAACGUCUGCCUCAACCCCCGACAUGCACCAUAGAUGUCUAUAUGGUUAUGGUCAAAUGUUGGAUGAUCGAUGCUGACAGUAGACCCAGGUUUAAAGAGCUCGCUGCAGAAUUCAGCAGGAUGGCCAGAGACCCUCAGAGGUACCUCGUCAUCCAGGGGGACGACUGCAUGAAGCUGCCCAGUCCAAACCACAGUAAAUUCUUCCAGAGUCUUCUGGAUGAGGAUGACCUGAGAGACUUGAUGGACGCUGAGGAGUACCUGGUACCUCACGCCUACCCGUCCAGAGCACAACCGGACUCCAAACCUAGUCAGUGCCGGCAUCAUGAUGGAGUUUUUAGCCCACAUGAAGUGGCAGUGAUCCGAUCCCGAGUGUCAUCCACCUCCACCGGCUGCCCGUCCAUCCCAGCAGGGACCCAGCGGGUGUCUCUGGCCCCCCAAGAGGAAAAACACUGUAAUGGAAGCCUAAGGAAACAGCCCGGUUCUGGCUUUGCGGAAGAUAGCAGCAGCCAGCGCUACAGCGCUGACCCUACUGUCUUCCUGGGGCAGAUAGCACAGAGCAGGGGCACUGAUGAGGAUAGCUAUGUGGCCCCCCGGAAGGACAAGAUUUCCUCAGAUCAUCUGAAUCCUGUUGAAGAGAAUCCUUUUGUCACACGAAGGACAAAUGGAGAGAUUCAUGCACUGGACAACCCAGGUUACCACAGUACCCCCGAUGGACAUCCCAAGGUUGAUGAUCAGUACGUUAAUGAGCCGCUUUACCUCAACACAUUUCACAGCAAAGGCAAUAUGAAUCAAAUCAAGAAAAAUGGAGUUUCUGCCCCACUCCAGAUAACAACAGCAACCAGCACCACUAGCAGCCAUGUCCCCCUGACCACCCAAACAGGGAGACCCCAUCACCACAGCCAAGGAGCACAUGUUCAUUUUGCAAUUCCACCUGUUCAGCCACCUCAAAGUGGACCUAUGAGUCAGAAUGGCCACCAAGCUAUUCAUACUAAUCACCCCAGCAAGUCUGGACACCAUUCUCCAUCAAGUCAGAUAUUCCACGUUAAUCAACAAGCCCAGUCUGGUCUUGCAGAUCAGCAGGUUCAUAUGGCAAAGUCUGUAAUCACCAGUAAAAGUAGUCUCCCAGGUCAUCCCAUCCACUCAGGCAGCAUAUCACAAUCAGGUCCUACUGGAACCAUAAUGGUGAGCAAGAAGUACUGGAAGACCUUUGACAACCCUGAGUACUGGCAACACAGUCUUCCUCUCAAAGCGUCCCAAGACAACCAUCAAGACUCCUCUCAAAGCUUCAACACAAGCCUGUACAAGCAGAACCUCUUCAAGCAAAAUGGCCGCGUCCGGUCUACUAUUGUCGAGAACCCAGAGUACUUAUCGGAGACUGAAUCCUUGAAGCCAGGGCAAGUUCUGCCACCACCGCCAUACCGGCAAAGAAACACUGUAGUGUAACAUCCAGGUCAACAUGUUUUUCAAAGCCUGAUUCCUCGACCAGCACCUUCAUGGUCCAUCCUUUUUCUCUCACCCAUUCUUGUAAAUGGAAUAACCCAACCUUGUAAACACCCUAACUUUCAUUGUUUUCAGCAAAUGUUCCUGACAGAGGGAGUACCAAUCCAACCAAGUGCCUCAACACUCCAUUCCAAGGAUACUGUUAAUCACCCUGUCAUUUUCCAGAAUGCCAAACUCCCGGUGUUCAUCAACUGACUCAACUGAAUUCAUAUUUUCUUCGUUUGUGAACUUGAUAUAGCACAACUCACAGAACUGAAAAUAUGAAUCUGCUAAAUGGGAUGUACUGAAACUGCAUCCUGUUGCUAAGAACACUGGACAACUGAUGUUAAGGUACAUCAGAUCUUGCAUUUUUCAAAGACAUCUUUGCUUGUCCUAGUUUUCCUUUUGUUUCUAUGAAUCUGUUGGCCAGCACUUGAUUCAGAACAGGCCACUGCUAUUAUAGUACAUGUAAUGACUUCUGCGAUAUGAAAUUUAGUACAUUUUUGAUUAACUUUUAUAUACUUACCUGACACAGUUACCACAUAUAUAGUUUGAAUCCACAGAGAUCCUCUUGUCCACAGUUGAAUUUUCAUGUAAGCCAGAGAUUGCACUUGAUGGGUCAUGACUUUAAUGUGAAUAAUGUUUGAUAAAUAAGGGUAAACUAAAUUCAAAGGUUAUCCAGUUCAAAUUUAUAUUAAGGGUGGGUCACACCAAGAAUUUGUGACAGUGUUGAAUUACAAGUGGAGAGACUGGGUUUUGGGCCAAUGUGUAAUCUAUAUAAGAAAACAAAUCAUCUGGUGAUCUCCAAUGGAGAAUUUUGUAUGGUAUUGUGACAGUCAAUGCUUUUGUCUCUGUAAAUGAAUUUACUCUCUGUGAGAGUGUAUGUGUAUAUUGUGGCAAAAGAAAUGCUAUUAUCCACUAAUUUAUGGAUUGUCAAGACACAAUUGGUUGACAAUAUUUAUCUAUUUAUGUUUUAAUUACCUGCAUGUGCUGUAUUUACUUUUACUCAUUAAAUGAAUUGUGAAUUUUUGAUUUUGAGCUAACCAGGAUCAGAGGCUGAGUUCUACAGCAAAGUUUAGACUCUGAGUGUUGAUUCCAGGGUUGUACUCCCAUUAAAAGGAGUGUAAUGUUGUCCAGCUUCAUCGCUACAAAGCUUCCGUCCAAGAGCCCAAACAAAUACUUUGUUUUUGAUAAUGUAUUGGAGUGACAAUGUUUACAUCCUUUCCAUUUGUUUGUUGACCUUUUUCUUUUAACUGGUCUUUUUGCUGCUCGUCACUGCUGUGUCUUUUGUUUGUUGAAAGCGAAGAAUAAAUAAA